AUGAGGGCUUACUUGUGCGUUGUGCUCUUGGUGUUGGGCUUUGAUGCUGUAAAUAAACUGGAGAGUUUGAUAGUCGAGUGCAGAGGGAAUGAGAUUCACCUGUGGGACUGUCCUCUCUCCCUGAAGAACCACACUGACUGCUCCAACAAAGAUCACGCUGGACUCACCUGUGCAGAUUUGUCAGUGUCCACUACUCCGGCCACAACAACAUCAUCUUCUCCUCCAGUUUCUCAGACAGUGAGCUCAACAUCAGUCUCUCGUCCACAAACUCCUCCGUCUCUCUCUGUGCUUGUGAUUGUACUGGGAGUUGUGCUCUUACUGCUCUUAGUGCCACUGCUUAUACUGAUUCAGCAGAACAGAGUGAUGAGGAGAGCUCUCUCUAAGAAGACUGAGGCCAUUUAUGAGGAGCUUCACAGACCCACUAAUAGACACCAUCUCUUCACUCAUAGGGAAUCUGCAGUAGGAGUCACACCUGACUACUAUAAUGAUGUCACCACCAUUAUAGGUCCAACAGGUGUGGACUUUGAUGCUGUAAAUAAACUGGAGAGUUUCCUGUCUCCUGGGUGUGAGAGGAUGCCUGUACUUCUGUAUCAUCAGUGCGGAGAAGCUUUACUGGAUGUUGAAUUAAUCAAGCAGAGAGAGAUGGAGAGAUGCCUGAUGCUCAUUUUACUGACUACAGUUGUAAAACUCAUCACAGCUGACGGUGUGAAUGUGAGGUUGGUUGGUGGUCACAGUCGCUGUGCUGGUACAGUGGAGGUUCUUCAUAGAGGUCAGUGGGGAACAGUGUGUGAUGAGGACUGGGAUUUGGCUGCUGCUGCAGUGGUGUGUAGAGAGCUGGACUGUGGAGAACCUGUAGAUGCUCUGAGUGAUGCUCAUUUUGGACAAGGAUCAGGACCAAUCUGGAUGAGUUUUGUCAGGUGUACUGGAUCAGAAUCUACACUGAAGAACUGUGGGUCAGGAGGAUGGGGUAGAAGCACCUGUGAUCAUACUAAAGAUGCUGGAGUCAUCUGCUCAGAAGUCAGACUGGUUGGAGGUUCUCGCUGCUCUGGGAGGUUAGAGAUACUUGAUAAUCAGACGUGGGUUUCAGUGUGUGCUGCUGCCUUUGACCAGCAGGAUGCAGAGGUUGUGUGUAGAGAGCUGGACUGUGGGAAUCCUGUACAGGUGCUGGGAGAAGAUGCUUUUGGCAAAGGAGACGCUCAGAUGUGGACACAAGAGAUUCAGUGCAGAGGAAAUGAGUCUCAGAUUCAUCUCUGCCCAACAUCACCAUCACAUGAAAACAACUGUUCACAAGAACACAGCAUUGCUUUGCAGUGUACUGACAUAAUAAAUGUGAGGUUGGUUGGUGGUCACAGUCGCUGUGCUGGUAGAGUGGAGGUUCUUCAUCGAGGUCAGUGGGGAACAGUGUGUGGUGCUGGCUGGGAUUUGGCUGAUGCUGCAGUGGUGUGUAGAGAGCUGGACUGUGGAGAACCUGUAGAUGCUCUGGGUGAUGCUCAUUUUGGACUGGGAUCAAAACUGUUUUGGAUGAAAAAUGCAAUAUGUACUGGUUCAGAGUCUACACUUAAGAAAUGUGGAUUCUUAAAACCAACUGAACCUGAUUUGUGUCUUAAUAAAAGCGCUCAAGUCAUUUGUUCAGAAGUCAGGCUGGUUGGAGGUUCUCGCUGCUCUGGGAGGUUAGAGAUACUUGAUGAUCAGACGUGGGUUUCAGUGUGUGCUGCUGCCUUUGACCAGCAGGAUGCAGAGGUUGUGUGUAGAGAGCUGGACUGUGGGGCUCCUGUACAGGUGCUGGGAGAAGACGCUUUUGGAAAAGGAGACGCUCAGAUGUGGACACAAGAGAUUCAGUGCAGAGGAAAUGAGUCUCAGAUUUCAUUCUGUUCAAUAUCAUUGCCACAGAAACACAACUGCACCAGUGACAAUAAUGUGGGACUGAUCUGUUCUGGUUACACAGAGGCCAAACUGAUGAAUGGUUCAGACUCUUGUUCUGGAAGAGUGGAGCUUCGGUUCAUCAAUAAGUGGGGCACAGUGUGUGAUGCAUGCUGGGAUAUGAGAGCUGCCAGUGUCCUCUGUAGACAGCUGAAUUGUGGGGUUGCUGUGUCUGUUGUGGGAUCAGACUGGUUUGGCGAGGGAAGUGGUGAAAUCUGGGCUGAUGUGUUUGAUUGUGACGGGAAUGAAACAAAACUCUCAGAAUGUUCCAUCUCUUCAUGGAGUCGAGCUGAACGUUCUCAUAGACGAGAUAUUGGAGUCAUCUGCUCUGGUGAGCAAAAUCGUACUGUAAUGAAGUCAUGGGUUUCAGAUUGUCACGGGUCCAUCAGGCUGGUGGGUUCUGGGGGAGACUGUGCAGGGAGGCUGGAGGUUUUUCACAGUGGCUCAUGGGGGACAGUGUGUGAUGACUCCUGGGAUAUUAAAGAUGCCCAUGUGGUGUGCAGACAGCUGCAGUGUGGAGUGGCUCUCAGUAACCAGCAGGUACCAGCCUGGUUUGGUCCUGGUUCUGGACCCAUAUGGCUGGAUGAGGUGGAGUGUGAGGGGAAUGAGACGUCCAUAUGGAGCUGCUCAUCUCCAGGCUGGGGAAAACAUGACUGUCAACACAAGGAGGAUGUAGGAGUCGUGUGUUCAGAGUUUAAAGAGAUCAGGUUAACUGAGGGCUGUGAAGGGAAUGUGGAGGUUUUCUACAAUGGAUCCUGGGGUAAUGUGUGUUACAAUAAGAUGGACAAAGACACAGCGAGUCUGAUCUGUCAAGAGCUGAACUGUGGAAGAUCUGGUGUUUUGUCUGAAUCUACACCAAGAGUUGAAUCAGCUCGUAACUGGCUGGAUAAAGUGAAAUGUCGCCCACAUGAUUCAAAUCUGUGGCAGUGUCCAUCUUUACCCUGGGGACAGAAUGACUGUGAUAAAGAUGAAGUGGCCAAAAUCACCUGCUUGGAACAGGAGAGUCAUGAGUCUCCUAGAAGCUCUUUGUCAUGCUCCACAUCUCCACAUCAGAGACAGUGUUCAGGUAAGUUCAUAUGAUAUAGAAGAACACAAAAAAAAAAACAAAAAAAAAAAAAAC